AUGGAGCUAAAUCCUCGCCCUCCAGUCUGCAUACCUCGUGGAGAUAUUGAAAAUAUUCUACUCUUACCGCAAGAUCAACAACAGGAACCGAAUAGUCAUACUGCGAGCGAAUCUGACACUAUUUCAAGCCCUACAAACAUCCCCGAUACCUCCACAGCGCUCCCAGGGAGUCCCUUAGCUGCUCGUGAAUCCUUUUGCAACCUCACAAAAAUGCUAUUUCUACUUCUUCUUCAUGGCGCAGAUACUCUGAUGUUCAUUGACCCUUCUCCGGAGACAAUCCGAUCCAAGUUACCUCUUUCCGUACGGACAGUCCCCCAUCGAAUCCACAGUGAGAAAUUAUUGGGUACAGGCUCUGCCUAUUUCAAACAACUCUUCAGUCCACAAAUGCAGACCCGGACUCGAAAGCGACGCCGCUUGACUGGCAAGCUUCCAGAUGGUAUUCAAUACGUCUUGGACCUUACUCCCCCAACGAUGGACGAAGAUGCGGUCAUAUUCCUAACCGAGCUUUCAUGCCCUAUGAGUAUUAGGAUGUGGGCCUCAAAGCAGGAUAUGUGGAGCCUGCCGUGGUCGUGCAUUGGGGGACAAGAUGACUUGGAAUCCUUCGAGCAGCCUACACAAUUCCCUACAACAUCACCUGAGCCUCAAGGUGAUAUCUAUGUCGAUCAUCUUGGAGAUUUAAGAACUGAGCAGAUUGAAGCCUCAUUCGAAUCACAGGACCAAUUUCCGGCAUCACAGCCUGAAAUAGUGGAGCAGAAAGGCUUGCCGGUGGAAUACUCGGCCUCACGUCACCGCGAAGGCAUUGAGCAUAUUCUCCACGUUUUGGAAGGACUAAACCCUAGAAUAGACACGCCUUGCAAGCUAUGGACCUUUUUCGCGCUCGCCAAAAUAUUUGACGUGGCUGCGGUGCCGGCCAUCUGCGACCACAUCAUCUCGUGGUUCUACCAGCUCAACAAUAUUCGGUUCAUUGAACUUCAUCCCGAUGUCACUUAUCGAGUGGCAUGCGGUAUCGGAUCUUCCUGCCUCUGUCGAGAUGCUUUUGUUGCAAUGGUUGGGGACGAAGCCCUGCUAUACUUGAUUCGGACCACACAUUUCAAACCCGUUGGAUCCAUGAAAAUCUUGGCGCAGAGCCGAGUUUCUGAUGUUCUAGACGACACGGAGGUGCAGCGGAUCGAAUAUGCCAGUAAGAGUUUUGGCGACUACGUCAUUCGCUGCUUCUUACAUUUGGCUGGGAGUAAAAUGCCUUGGUUGGCACAGAUUGUCGAGUUCCAGAAGCUUACCCGCCAUCUUCAACUUUAUCCUGCAGAUCAAGAAACUAUAUGUCAACUAGUCAUGACGCUGAAGGAAUUUAUUCGUGACCACAUCUAUGGGGCUUUGGUCAAGGCAAGAGACACAAACCGCUCAUUCCAUGUGGCUCCAAGCUUGGUGAGAUCCGAAAACCCAUACUACCGAUGGGGUAUAGACAAGGGAUUUGUACUUCAGCGAUUGAUUGGGAAAAACUUCUGGAGUGCGCUGGUGUCGCUAGAUCUCUGUCAAGAUGAAGCACCUCGUAUGGAUUCUUAUUCUUCGAUAGCGGAAAUCGGCAAUGGCUUGUUGGCCUUUGGUGGUGAAACUGCAGCAAGGAUUCGCCAUGUCUCAUCUGGUGAAGUUCGUCAGAUGAUCCAUGUGUUCAACCAAGUGGUUAGAACUAGAGCUCAGGGUCGGCAGGAGGAGGAGGCUCUGGCUGCAAGACAUGCAGGUGGACAUGCUGUGAUGGAGAUGACCAUUAAUGUCCGGAAGUCGCAAUCUGACAACGAGGUUGGCAGCACCUCUAACAACGGCCCUUUCCUUAAUCCCAUUCCUGCUCCCACCCCUAGCCCAUAUUUUCCGCCUGUAUCUUCAAUGCCACCAAAGACAGACAUUUCAACAGAAAUAUUCCACGAAAAAACAUUCAAGGAUGAGCUUCACUCUUUCCUGAGGCAAUACGCACUAGAGAUGUUGCAGCAACCUGACCCACCCACCAUGCGACACGAACUCACAGAUACCCUCACCUGCCUCACAUACAAUGAAUUCCAAUACCUACCUUUAUGGGCGGGCGGCAAUGACGAUGGAACGGGCGGUGUUUUCACCGACUUGAUCAUCCCCGCCAUGGACAUCGGUGGUUUCUCGGGUCCUGGGCCCGCCGUGCACACUGGUAGUGUCGCCUCAACCAAUGGUUCAUUCAGCGAGGUUGAGCCUAGUGAUACACAGAGUACCAUUUAUGGCGCAUCUCACAACGCGACUUACAGCCACGCUUCGGAUAUCAUGUCGGUAGACUCUACGGACUAUUCUCAGUCGGGGCUCAAGCAUGAGGAUUAUGAGAGCCACGAUGAAGCGCAGCCGGAAACUUACAUGGAGAUGACCGAGUACGAUGAUGAAAUAUCAUCCCUGGGGUUUGGCCCAACUACCGACGAUGAGGAAUACGUAACACAGAGUAAUGGCACCAUUAUGAUGGAUAUGGGAUCACCUGAGCCUUCAUUUGCUGGUAUCUCCGAGAAUAUUCACAUGGACAAGGUGGAGGACGAAGGUAAUGAUACUGAGUUUGAAUUUGUUGCUGUCCACGACUACUUUUAG